UUUAUUGACUUCCGCCAGAUGUCGCUGUUGUUGCUUCCUAAAGUCAUGGCGGAUUUUUUCUCAAAUUUACAGAUUUUAGCCUGAUUCGUGGGUAGAUUUUAUUACCUAUCUUAACCGGAGUCGAAAUAAUAAUAGCUCGUCCUAUUAGUAAGUGAAGCAUAACGAUACGGGCGUCUAAACUGAUUCUGACAUUGGCCAACAUUCGCCAUCGACUCGGUGAAGACGUCUGACGGAUCUUCUCGAAUUUCGGUGGUUCAGUAAAUAGAUAGAAUUAUUCAAUUUCAGCGUCGCACCGUACGUUAAUUAAUUUAUAACGGCUAUUAUGACGCAAUAGACGUACCUACGAAGAGUUCGGACGCCAUCACAUUAUUUUUACGCUCGAAAUACAGAAAACAGAGCAGUGAUGAGUGAAGGCGCGCCUAUGCUGUACCAUGGAGGGGGUGGGUUCGGAGGGCCGCGCCAGGGCUUCGCGUCAGGAGGGCCUCUGGAGCGAGCGUGCCACUUCCCCGCGCUGGAGCUGCCGCCGGGACCGGCCACACCGCAUCACCCUGAGCGCCCUGCUAAGGACAACACUGCCUUCGGUUACGAGUCAGAUGACUCCAGUUUGUCCAGCAAUGCAUCAGGAUCAAAUAAAAGUGGUGAGAAAGGAGAAAGCGCAUCCAGUGCCUCAGAGCCCAACACGUCGCCGCAAGGUUACGCGGUGCGUGAGUGGCGCGGGCGCGUCCGCCGCGAGCCGCACCGCCCGCGCCGCAUCGCACCCGAGCGCUACCUCAACGCCUCCUACCCCUUCCAGGUCAAGUUCACGCCCGACGACUUGCUUAAUGGAUCCAAAUGGGACAACCUGUCACAGGAGAUCUGGGACAAGUUUGUCAAGUCACAGCAGACAGAGGAGACAUUCCGCAAGAAGAUGAACCUCUGGAGAUACCUCUACGUCACAAUAAAGUCAAUAUUUCCGCGCUACGGGCUGUACGUAGUAGGCUCCACGAUGUCGGGUUUCGCGUUAGACUCGUCGGACAUGGACCUGUGCCUGUACGUGCGCGCACUGGGCGACACCGAGCCGCGGGCGCACGCGCUCCUCCACCUCAACUACAUACUCGCCUACAUCAAGAGCUUCGAUCGCGAUGCCGAGCUGAUCCAGGCAAAGGUCCCGAUCCUAAAGUUCCGCGACGCGCGAGCCGGACUACAAGUGGAUCUGAACUGCAAUAAUGUCGUCGGUAUCAGGAACACCAGUCUGCUCUACUGCUACUCCCGUCUGGACUGGCGUGUACGGCCAUUGGUGGCGGUGACCAAACUGUGGGCACAGGCACACGACAUCAACGACGCGAGGCAUUGUACGCUCUCGUCAUAUUCGCUCACGCUCAUGGUCAUACACUUCCUGCAGUGCGGCACAUCGCCGCCAGUGCUGCCGUGCGUGUGCGUGCGCGGCCCGUGGGAGGUGCGCGCCGCAAGACACAACCGCGCCUCGCUCGCCGAACUCUUCCUGCAGCUGCUGCGGUAUUACGCUACCUUCCCGUACGACAAGAUGGCGGUGUCGGUGCGCGCGGGGCGCUGCGUGCCGGUGUCGGCGUGCCGCGUCGCGCGCAGUCACAAGAACGAUCCGCACCAGUGGAAGCUGCUCUGUGUGGAAGAGCCCUUCGACUUGACGAACACAGCGCGCUCGGUGUACGACCCGGAUACGUUCGCGCGGAUCGUGGAGACGUUCCGCAGCAGCGCCGCGCGCCUCGCCGCCUCGCCGCGCCUCGCCGCAGCCUGGCCGCAGCACCCGCACCCGCACCACCAGUACCAGCCCGAGCGAUGAUGCCCGCCCGACCACCACCACCCA